AUGCCCGAUAAAAACAUUUUGAAGAGGUGGAAGAAAACUGCGAAAUUUGGAUUGGUGUCAGAUGCAAAUGGCAACGAAAUUAAAGACUCUGCAGAUCCUGGUCUUUUAAUAAAGCGGAGUACAAUGUCCCGACUUGCUUCAGAUGUGGUUGAGGAUGCAUUAAUGUGUGAAGAAGGAUGUGAGCUACUGUCAGAGACUCUAAAAAGUUUGCAGGUGAAGUUGAAGUUGUUGAAGGAUGGACCAAGUAAUAACGAAGUUGGAGGGUCCAGCUCUCAAACACAAUAUAUGAAAGACCCUAAGAGAGUAAGGUGCAAUGGAGGGUCAAACGAGUAA